AUGAAUCGCACUGAUACCAGCGGGCUUGAAAAUGUGCUGGCUGAGGUGAUCGAUUGGGUCGCACUGAACCCACCUGAAGAAAAAGACAUCCCCAGAGCUUUAGCACACUUGGCUAGUGUGAUGUCUGUCCAAAUCAAGAGACAGGACGAAGCCAUGAAGAGGGCCCAAGCACAAAUACGGGCACAAAUGAAGGGAAUUGAUGAUCUCAAAGGGGAGCUGGGAUGCACUGAAAGGGCUCUACAGCAGACUCGAGACCGUUUGGAUGAGAUGCAAACAGAGCCUCCAUCCCCACCUGAUCAAGACCCUUCCUUAGUAACCCAAAUCUCAGACUUGCAUGACACUAUUGAAAAAAAGGAAGCUCAGCUUUCGGAUGCUAAGUCAACAGUUCUUGAGCAAUUACAGGAGCUAUCAAGAAUGAAAAGCAGCCUAGAUCAGUCCUCAACUGAUGCAAGGGACUGGAAGGCCCGGUUUGAAAGCAAAAGGGUGGCCCUUGAAGCCGAAGAGAGACAUUCUGCUAAUUUAAAGCAAAUGCUCCUAGAGACUCAGAAUAAACUUAGUCUGGGUCAACCCCAGCAAGAUCAGAGCAGGCGAUCAACAGACGCUCCAAUACCCUACCUUUCGACCGAGUCGUGUCUCCAAAGGACAUUUGGGUCAAUCAAGUCCUGAUGACACCGGACGGAACCCUGGUCAUACUUUGUUGCCCCUCUCCCAACCAACACCUUCUGGGUAUCAUUCACAAGGGCCACAAUACUCUCUCGGCCCCACAGGGCUUUCUCUGAGCUACCAACCUCAGUCCACGCCUGCUGCUCGUCAAGCGGCAUAUCCCACAGACAAGGAUCUUGACGAAAUGGCUCGUAACAUCACAUGAUUUGAACCCAUUUGUAAAGGUUCAGAAGACCCAAGCACCUACUUGAAAGACAUCGACUUCUACUUGAGGAAGUUUCCAGGUGCUCUUGUGGAUGACAAAAUCUACUUGAUCAAAGCUACCUCCAAUCGAGAGGUUAGCAGCUUCAUUGAACGACAACCCUGUCGGGUCAAGAACGACUGUGACCUGCUGUGCCAGGCAUUAAUUGACGAGUUCUCUGACUCCCUUACACCCACUGGUUUAGCUGCUGCACUGUUAGUCAAACAGGAGAGACAGGAAUCUCCCCAGUCAUACUACAGUCGCCUGCCCCAGGCUUACUUAGGUUGUCAAAAUGAACCUGAAAUGGAGGAAGAUCUAAACUUUAAAACUUUGUUUAUUCAAAACCUCCAUCCGACCACGAGUCAUCAUCUUGGUGUUGUUGCUUGUCCCCGAACCUUAAACAGCAGACAGCUCCGCGAACCGACUGUAAAAGGCUUCGCUAGACAGCGACAUACCCAAUCUAAAAGAUCUGAACCUGGUACUGUCUUGGCUGUGGACACAAGGUCCAUGCCCCUAGACCUGGAGGGCGGUGCCGUGGGUGCGCAUUCAGCCAGCUGAUAAAGGUCAAAACCUGAAGCAGCCUUGGUCUGACAGUGGACAACACCAGGUUAGAUUUGACGAAAAUCGGCCACCCUCAUACUCUUGUAGGGGUGAGGCCCACCCUAGAAGGGAUGACACCCAUCGACCCUACCGACCUGACAACAGGGGGUGGAGGGACCGGUCAGAUCGUUAUGGUCCACGCCGAGAACGAAACUCCGAGCGACCUUACCCGCAGUCUCAUUCGGUACUCUCUGAUGAAGAGAUGGGUACAAAGACCAAAUCAGACCCUCCCCAGAAGGGUGAUGGAUCUAAAGGUGAAUCAAAGUCCUCUGAUCUGACAGAGGAAGAACGCAAACUUCUUAGGCAAAUAAUCAGUAGAAUACGGAGAAAAGGAGAUGAUAAAGCAGAUCUCUUCGCUGUUGCCGUCACCGCUGUCCAGGCUGACACUUCUGAGCCAAGCAUGGUGUCUGUCCAGCAGACUGCAGUUCAGAAGGAAGUGUGUAUGUCCUUACAGGAGUUUGCGACACCUUCACCGGCUGACACCUCUGUCGAUCUUGAACCUCAGGACAGUACAUCACAGGAAACGACAUCUACCAGCGCCGUCUUGGCAGUGCAGGCGAACUCCGCAGAGGAGCCAGCCAAAGAAGACUCCCCACUUAUUCGGCUUGAACCACCUUUCCUCCAAUUCUUGUGCAACCUCACUGAGAAAGGCAUCGCACAGAAGUUUUACAUCAACACCGUUCUUGAAAAUGAACUUCAACACGAAGCAUUCUUAGACACUGCUGCUGACAGCACUCUGAUGUCCUCAACGCUUUUUAACCACUUGGGCAAUAUGGUGCAGCAGUCCAACAGGGACAUCAAGCUGCAGCCCUGCGCCAUGGAGAUUCGGCUGUACUCCACAGACAGUACGACUUUAAAAACAAUGACCAUGUUGAACAUCUCCAUUGGACCAAUGAACAUCAUGCACCCCGUGUAUGUGUCACCCUUUGAGUCAAUUCCUUUCCUCAUUGGUGAAGACUUUUUAAAACGGUUUGAGCCCCUCAUCGAUUAUCGACAGCUGAAAAUAUGGGCACAGGUCUGCAGACCAAUACCCAUACCAGCAACCGACAGAAAUCGGGCUGUUACGCCCUGA